AUGGCCACCAUGCAGAAAGUCUUUGCGGCCUACGAGGCGCGUAAAGCUAUGCAUAGAAUCAGCACCAAUCCUUAUGCUCAGGGAAUUGCCUGGGUCGCCGGAGCCUUGGUUCCCCUUGCAGAAGCUCGCAUUCCGCUGCAAGAUCAAGGCUUCAUGCACGGGGAUUUGACGUACGAUGUGCCGUCGAUAUGGGAUGGUCGCUUUUUCCGUCUGGAGGAUCACCUGAACCGGCUGCAGGCAAGCUGCGAGAAAAUGCGUCUGAUGUUCCCUAUCUCAAAGGAGCAGAUUAAGGACACGCUGAUUGACAUGGCGAGAAAGAGUGGCAUACGCGACGCAUUUAUUCAGAUCAUAGUCACCCGUGGCUUGAAAGGUGUACGGGGCUCUCGACCCGAAGACAUUUGCAAGAACAACCUAUACAUGUGGAUCGAGCCAUAUAUCUGGGUCCAAGAGCCUAAGGUGCAAUUAGCUGGCUCCGGCAGCGCGGUUAUCACUCGGACUGUCAGACGAAUUCCACCGGGAUCGUUUGAUCCCACAAUCAAGAACUUACAAUGGGGCGAUUUGACGCGUGGUAUGUUCGAGGCAAUGGAUCGGGGUGCGAUGUAUCCUUUCCUGACCGACGGAGAUGCAAAUCUGACAGAAGGGUCUGGGUUCAACGUUCUUUUCGUCAAGGACGGCACCAUCUAUACUCCGCUCCGUGGCUGUCUUGAAGGUGUCACACGCAAAAGUGUUUUCGAUGUGGCGAAAACUCAUGGCAUUGAAGUCCGUGUCGAGUUCGUCCCGACACAGUUGGCAUACACUUGCGACGAGUGCUUCAUGUCCACAACUGCCGGGGGUAUAAUGCCAAUCACGUCACUGGAUGGUGUGCCUAUCAAGGACGGUCAGAUUGGUCCCAUCUCCAAGACCAUCUGGGACGGCUAUUGGGCCAUGCAUUACGACCCAAACUUCAGUUUCGCCAUCGACGACGAUAGCGAGAAUGUGAAAGGUGCUAACAGAGUUGGGAAGGUGACUGAAGAAGAACUAUUUGUCAUGCGUUCUUUGACGGACAUGAAGUCUUUUAUGUAG